AUGUCAGAUACUUACAGAAAUGGAAUUUUGAGGGGCAGCUAUUUUCUUUCAUGUGCGGUUGAAUGCUUUGGAGAAAACAUUGAAGAUCCACCAGUGUUUGGAACAGAAAUUGAAGCAAAACAUCCAAAUUCACUUAGUUUAUUACUUGAUAGUCAAAAACCUCAAAUAUCACUAUUCCGUAGAAGGCAUCUAGAGGUAAAAAAGAGUCUUGAAAGAUUAGAAAAAGAACUUAAGUUAAGAGCUCAAUUGGAUAAAGCAGCUUUACUGGACCCAACUCCCUGUGACGCUUGUGUAAUUCGAUUCAGAAUUGUUAGUAUAAUACUUGCUGCUUAUGUAGUACUGAUUUUGUCCAACAUAAUUUUCUUAAUCAUAUAUUUGACAUCUUUAAAGAGAAACUAA